CAGGCUCUGGCAGCGAGGACCCCUCUCUCGUCGCCUGAGGAGGAAGAGGAGGGGGAAGCCGCCACGACGACGAAGGCGACACUUGCCGGCUGAGGGAGUUUGUGAGAAGCCGACGGAGCCGCCCUUCGCCAUGCCUGGCCCCAAUCCCAGCGCCACCAACGUGGGCGCCUCCGGCCGCUCGCCCAGCAAAGCCGUCGCCUCGCGGGCCCCAGGAUCCACCGUCAGGCAGAGGAAAAGUGCUAGCUGUGGAACAAGGAGUGCAGGCCGUACAACUUCUGCAGGCACUGGAGGGAUGUGGAGGUUUUAUACAGAGGAUUCCCCUGGCCUCAAAGUUGGUCCUGUUCCAGUUCUCGUUAUGAGUCUCCUCUUUAUUGCAUCUGUAUUCAUGUUGCACAUCUGGGGCAAAUACACUCGGUCAUAGACUUCACUAUAUCCCACCUGCCAACUUGAAAACUACGAUUUGGACCAAAAGUAUGGUAGCUUUCAGAGUUUACUUGGAGUAAAGUCAUUUGAGCUGUUUCUCUAUAUAAAACUAUUGAUUUUUCCCUUAAUUGGUUUUGCUGUUGAAUGGACUCUUAAACUUUCUCUAAGAAGGGUUUUUGAUUCCUUUCUGUCAAAUUUUAUUGCUAUUUCCUAUGUAUUAUUCCUAAGUGCAAAUUAUUUCAUUAAAAUUUGUCUACAUAAAUUAA